CUAGUGCAGCUUGCCAAUUUGUUGGUAGUGGUACAGGCUCCAAUCCUCCACAUUUAGUAUGGAAGUAUAGUAAACGUAAUCCCGACGUUCAAGAUGUAGAUACACAUACUGGAGGAAAUACUUUCAACAUCCCAAACAAUAAGCGUGGUGCUGAUGCACAAAAUCCUGGUGGUGGCUUCCCCCUUCGCCGUUAG